AUGCUAGAUCUGGUGAUCUCACCCAGCCUCACUGUAAACAGCGAUUGUCCGGGUAAACUGAAGCUUAGCCGCACCGACGCCGAUGUCUGGACUCUGAGUGACAUAGAAGGCGUCACCGCAUCGGCCCCUCCGAGCGUGUCUCCGCUCUUCGCAAGAUCUUGUCCACGUGUCCUGCACAGCCAGCCUCCCACGGCCAUGGCAGCCUACGGCCAGACACAGUACAGUGCAGGGGUCCAGCCAGCUGCCCCUUAUACCACUUACCCCCCUCCGGCACAAGCCUAUGGAAUCCCUUCUUACAGUAUCAAGACAGAAGACAGCUUGAACCAUUCCCCCAGCCAGAGUGGAUUCCUCAGCUACGGCUCCAGCUUCAGCACCCCACCCACUGGACAGAGCCCGUACACCUACCAGAUGCACGGCACAGCGGGGAUCUACCAAGGAGCAAACGGGCUGACCAACGCGGCUGGAUUCGGAAGUGUGCACCAGGACUAUGCUUCCUACCCUGGCUUCCCUCAGGGCCAGUAUUCCCAGUAUUACAGCUCGUCCUACAGCCCUCCUUAUGUCCCGGCCAGCAGCAUCGGCCCUUCCCCACUCUCCACGUCUACCUACGUCCUCCAGGAGACACCGCACAGCGCCCCCAGCCAGAGUUCCGAGUUGCUUGGCGGCGAAUACAACACCCACAACGGACCUUCCACGCCGGCAAAGGAGGGAGACGCAGACAGGCCGCACCGGGCCUCCGACGGGAAGCUCCGAGGCCGGUCGAAGCGGAGCAGCGACCCCUCCCCAGCGGGGGACAGUGAGAUCGAGCGUGUGUUCGUGUGGGAUUUGGAUGAAACGAUAAUUAUUUUUCACUCCUUACUCACCGGGACUUUUGCAUCCAGAUACGGGAAGGACACCACGACGUCUGUGCGCAUCGGCCUGAUGAUGGAAGAAAUGAUCUUCAACCUUGCAGAUACCCACCUGUUCUUCAACGACCUGGAGGAUUGCGACCAGAUCCACGUUGACGACGUCUCAUCCGAUGACAACGGGCAAGAUUUAAGACCCUCCCCUGAGCCCUGUGGACAUCGCCACCGCAUCCAGCAACAAGGGGGCUCACGUGGUGGGCCCGAGACUUCUGAAGAGAUCGAGAAGGAAGAGCAGGUCGCUGCUGGAAGGGCCGUGACCGAGGAGGAACUUCUGGGGGAACGGGCUGCCCUGGCUCCAGAGUUCGCUGCAGACGGGUCGGGAGGCGCACAGCUGCCCUCGGUGCCUGUUCGGUGGCUCCCUGGCUUCCGCUCAAGGAAGGCUGAGCCCCAGGCACAGAACAGCAGCAUGCGACAUCGUGCCAUGCUCUGGCUGUGCACACCGCAGACGCCCCACAGGGAGAACGACCCGGCCCCUCGUGCUCUUCAAAUGCCCUUUGACCUCUGCCGCAGCAGCGGCACUGAAGUACCAGACGUGCGCAAGAUAUGGUUUCCAAGCUUGAUAGGAGCUCCCAAAAGAGAGACUUGGCUACAGCUCAGAGCCGAGCUGGAGGCUCUGACCGACCUCUGGCUGACCCACUCUCUAAAGGCGCUCAACCUCAUCAAUUCCCGGCCCAAUUGUGUCAACGUGCUGGUCACCACCACUCAACUAAUUCCUGCCCUGGCCAAAGUCCUGCUGUAUGGACUGGGCUCCGUGUUUCCUAUUGAGAACAUCUACAGUGCAACCAAGACAGGGAAGGAGAGCUGUUUCGAGAGGAUAAUGCAGAGAUUCGGCAGAAAAGCCGUCUACAUCGUGAUCGGUGACGGCGUCGAAGAGGAGCAGGGGGCAAAAAAGCACAACAUGCCCUUCUGGCGGAUAUCCUGCCACGCCGACCUGGAGGCGCUGCGGCACGCCCUGGAGCUGGAGUAUCUAUAG